GAAAAGUCGAUGACACAAGCAGCCCUUCGCUCACUUUGACAGCCAUGUCAAACUGACAACGAAAAUGAGAAAAAUGUUGAUAUAAACGCAGAGAGCCGCUCGCUCACCUAUUCGCAGGCUAUUUGCGCGUUUUCAGUCGCACAAGACAAACAAGUCACGACAAGAGAGUACGCAGCAGCAGCAGCAGUAGCGUGCCAUUGGAAAGCAGCAGUGAACGUGUAGGGAAAAAAGCAAAAAUAAAAGCACCAAUUCUACACUGUUCCAUUCACGGUCAAUGUGCGUAUGUGUUUCGUGUUUAUAAUUACGAUGUGUGAAAGUGCGUGCUAUCAAAACACCCACGUACGGCGAUGCGGCGACCACCAGCGGGCAGCAUCAGCAAUCCGUACCAAUUACUACGGGGCUAAAGAUAUUUCUGUGUGCGUGUCCAAUCUAUUGUUCUAAUCCGUUGCCUGCUUUUCUGUGUGGGGGCAAAAAAAGGAGAAAGAUAGUGUGCGGUGUCAGUCAAAAUCGGUGAAGAAAAGAAAAGAAAAACAACAACCGGGAGCAAAGCAGCAGCUGAGCAGAUUAGAGCAGAAGCUGCAAAAUCCAGUGUUGUAAUCCCAGUGUGCAUUGAAUGAAAGCGCGCCCGUGUGUGUGUGUGAGUGCGUUUGUGAAUGUGUGCGUACGUGUAUGUGUGCGCAAAUGCGUGAAAUAAAAGGGCACUGUGUGUGCAUCUAUUGCCCGGUGAUGUGUAGUGUUUGAUGGAAGGGAGCAAAAGCAAAGAGCGCAAGCGAGAGAAAGAGAGCAGCUGCGCCAAAGAGCAGAAGAGCGUAGAUCUAAUUUUCAAAAAGUGUACACAAAGCAGCACCAACCAGCCAGCCAGCCGACCUUUUUUUUAUUGUAUGUCAUUCCGAUCCGUUCGUCACACAAUCUGUCCGUAGAUAAGGAAUAUAUGUAUAAAUUGUUCCACACAACAAAUUAGUGAGCGCAAAAAUUGGAAAACCUCCUCCUCACACGGUGCUUCUGCAGGCAAUGAUGCGUAUGCAUGUGUGUGUGCGUACGCGCGCGUGAAGCAAACGAGGUGCGAUAGUUGAUGCGUGUGCGUGUUUCUGUUUGUGUACGUGCUCUCUAGAGAGGUUAAUCGUUUGUCGUCAGCCAUGUGCCAUUGCGCUAAAUGUUGCUGCUAUUGCUGUCGUAUUAAAAAUAAAACCGUGUCAUCUCUGUGCCGUUGUUGAUCGGUCCGAUCACAUACGUGUGUUUGUGUGCGUGUGUGUGUGUGUUUUUAUAUUGUACGCGUGUUUCUGUGGCAUAGUGCUGUGCGCGUAUAUUCGACAUAUGCACAAUAGUGCGUGUCGUGCAGAGUGCGUAAAAGUUGAUCAACUUCACACCAUAUACUUAGUGUUGGUUCUUUUCGGAAAAAAAGUAAAUACACGCGUUACACUACCAUCAUCACAUUGCAGCAGCACGGCAACCCCACGGUCCGCCCCUGGCGGUGGUGGCAGCGAAGAGGAAUGUGCAGAAAAUUCGCGCCCGAACGCAGCCGUCCUCCAGCCCGCAGCCGACAAGUCCGACGACCAUGGGAAAGUCCAAGUUUCCCGGCAAACCGUCGCGUUUGGUGAACAAGAAGCGCGUCUCGGUCCUGUCGCCUACCGGACUCACGUUGAGCGAUGAGGACAAUCAGGAGAACAACGGCCAACAGGCACAACAGCAGCAGCAGCAAGGAGCAGGCAAUAAUGCAUCAGCUGCUGCCGCUGCUGCCAGCACAGUGGGUACGUCGUCGCCUUCUACGUCCGCUUCCUCAGCAACGGUAUCUAUGCGAACGAGCGAGAAACUUUCCACGUUCGCUCAGCGUAAAGAGCAGCAGCAGCAGCAGCAACACGCAGCAUCAUCUGUGACCGGAGCUGGAACGAAAGGUUCGAAAGCUACAGUGACAAGCAAUGGUAGCAGCAACAAUUCUGCUGCUGGUACACCAGUGUCCUCACAGUCAACGACGACGGUAGAGAAUGGGAAUGGAAGAAGAAAUGGCGCUGAUAAACAUACAGCAGGAGCUGCAGUAUCAAAGGAUGGCGCCAGCGAGAACAACGAGACCGAAAACGGUGGAGAUGAUAACGAUGACCACAACAACGAUGAGAACGAGGACGACGAAGAGGAAGACGAUGACGAAGAAGAGGACGAUGAUGACGAUGACGAUGAGGAGGAAGAUGACGACGAGGAGGAUGACGAUGAAGAAGAGGAGGACAGUGAGGAGCAGGAGAUGGCGGUCGCCGGUGGGGUAGAAACGGGGGAUGAGUCAACCGCAAGCAGUACCACCGCGACAGCAACGUCCACUGUAUCAUCGAUGGCGGCAACCACAUCAACGCCGGUCACCAUUAGCGGCACGAGUGAGGUUAGGUCAGUCGUCGGAAACGGCCAACAGCAGUCAACGCAGCAGCAGCAACCGACGAUGCAAAGCACUAGCAGCGUACGAAGCGAGAAGCUGCCAACCACCGGAAAUGGUUUCGAAAUGAAACCAUCCACCCUCACGUCGGCGCUGGCCCGACGAUGUCCUCCCGGUGUGGCAUCCGGUCGAAUCAGCCGUCAGCAGUCACCGUCCUGCGAGCAAAGCACUACGCCCAGUGCUGCGAGCAGUGAAAGCGCAAACAGUAAUCCCAGUACCGCCGGCAACGUUACAACCGUGCGCGUCCCAAAGUCGGAAGCAUCGAUGGAACAAUCUGCAACCGUUGUUGACGGUGCCGGAAGUUCCGAUGGGGCUGUGGCAAGCGCGACGAUACUAAUGGGUUCGAAACCACCGAACCCGGCUGCACCUGCUACGGCCGGCAGCAAUGCCGCACCGGCGAAGAAGAAAAGUGUCACGUUUCACACCACGCUCGAGACUACGGACGAGAACAUUGUGAAGAAGGUGUACAACCCGGACACGGUUCCGCUGCCAUCGAUUAUCAAGAAGGAAUGUCUCGCCCGACCGAUCCGGUUGAAAAAGAGCUUUAAUCGGAAGAUGAAGAAGCGUCUGCAGCGAGCGGUUGCGGCGGCAGCAGCCGCAGCUGCCGCGAGUGCCGCCGCAUCCACGUCAGCCGGCGUAUUCGGUGGGAGCAAAACGAUGGAGUGUCUCGUACGACCCUCCCGACUGACAGAGAUAGUGCUGAAAUCAAGCAGCAAAGCUUCGCCCGGGGUAAGCCCGGUCGAUCGAAACAGUGGCUCUGUCGGGGGGCUUGGCUUUGGGCUCAAAGCGUCGGAAGGUGCGAAAGCUGGCGUAUCGUUUGGUGCGGCAAGUGAGUCUGUUCAAUCGGCACCUGUUACCACGGAUGGUGAUAUGGCGGGCCGUAACCUCGAAAGCGGUGGCACACAGUUUGGCGACAAGCGAUUCAUUCUCCCCAAGCGGAGCGUUCAUUCUAGUCGUGUGAUAAAACCGAACAAACGGUUCCUGGAUGAGUUUGAGUUGGAGAUUAAGAAGAAAAACAAAAAUUUAGCAGCAGCCGCUGCAAUUGCUGCUGCCGCUGCGGCCGCUGGCACGGGUAACGCCGUGAACGGUGCAGGAGCUGCUUCGAAUUCCACCGCUACCGGUUUUGGAGUGUUGGGAAGUGGUAGCGAUUCGGCAGUAGAACCAACGAUCACCGCUGCAACAGGAAACGAAGGCGAUUCGUCAGUCAGUUGUGAUGAUACGAGAAGGAAGAAGGACAAAAAGAAAAGCGAUGAAUCGACGGGAUCGACCGGGUCGUCCGAAAAGACUUCAACCAUAGCUCAUCAUCCCAACCUCGAUCUGCGACCCGAAGGCAGUCCGCCAGGUGACCGUCCGUUAAUGACGCCCAUCAGUAUUAAUCCAUUCGCAAAGACAUCACAUACGGACGGUCCACUAGUGCCGGGCACCAAGAGCGCAAGUUCGAAGCUUGUUAAACCAUCGCAGCUCUCUCCGGCGAUCGCAUCGUCCACGCUCGGCUCUUCGACGACCAGCACAACGAAUCUCGCGGCAGCUGCCUCAAUCUUUGGCAAAGGCAUUCUCCGCCAGCCUAGGCUACAGUUCGCCACCUCGCUGCUCAACAACGCCGGCAAUGGUAUUGGAGGCAUCAAUGGGGCAGUAUUAAGCAGUAUUACAUCCAUCAACUCCAACUCACAGCCCGUGCCAUCUAGCACUCCUAAUUCGGUGUCGGCAUCAGCGUCAGGACCGGCUGCCGGUGCAACACUUGGAACAAGCAGCGGAACGCCCGAAGGACUGUUUGCGAUGCAUCUGAAAGCGAAAGCAAAGCUCGACGCCUCGAAGCUAUUCUCGGCGGCGCUCGGUGUUGGAAACGCUUCGUCUGCAGUGCAAACAGGCACGAGCAAUUCGUCCGCCACCGCCGCCGCAUGCUGUAUCUGCAGCAUUCCGGUAAACUCGCGGUACUACGCGCAACCGACGAAAAAGUAUGGUGUAAGUUGCUGUGAUGUGUGUCGCAAGUUCAUCUCAAAGAUGGUGAAAAAGCUAGCAACGGGAAGCAUGAUCAGUCCCAGCCAACCUGGCGCAGGGGCGGAAGUAACGAUGCUCAAGUGUAAAAAUGAGGGCAAAUGUUUGAUCACACCACCCUCACUACUAAUGCGUCCGGAAACGGUCAAAACAAGGCACGUCUUCAAGGAACGCUGUCACGCGUGUUGGUUGCGCAAGUGUCUUGGUAGUUUUCAGUUACCACCCGUGCUGAAGAUUCGUUUGGGUCAAACGUUACCGUUAACGAUGCGAACUUUCGAGCCUCCGGUUAAUGGGACAUCGGGAUGCACCGGUACGCUGAAGAAAGAUCCUUCCUCUGAGGGAAAUUUAUUCGCGAACAGUAUUGCAGAGCACGGACCAACGAACGGUACUUCACGUAUCCUGUGGACCAGUGGUGAUAAGAAACCUGGCAGCUUAGCGGAGGGUUUCAACAAGUCGUUUAAUCCAUUCCUGGCGCUCCACAUUAACCCACUCUCGCAAAACAACAGCACGUUCGGAAGUGUGCCGCAGAUAAAACUGAAUCUUGGCGGUAGUGAGCGUAACAGCAUCAUGGCGGCAAGCCCAAGCAGCUCAUCAGGAGCAAGUUCGUCCGGUGGCAAGAGUCCUCUAGCUAGCAAGGAAGACAUUUUUCUAUCAAGCGAACCACGGAAAGAGAAAGAUGCGGUGAAGGUCGAAGAUUCAUCUUCGGUUUCUACUACCGCUAGUGCACGGAAGGACAUCAAAGAGGAGCAGGAUGUCAGUCCUGUUAAGCCACCGCGAACAAGAAGUAAAUCGGAAGCGACCAGUAGUCAUCAUCCAGCCGAAGCGACAGCCACAGUAGAACCGAAAGUCGAAAAUCCGGUUGCUUCUACUGGUGCAAAUUUGUCCCAACCAGCAACAACUCCCGGUGCUGGUUCUCUAACGACGGCCGGAACAAAUCAGACAGCGACAGACAAACGGCAACGUAUCGAUCUAAAGGGACCUCGUGUGAAGCAUGUCUGUCGAAGUGCAUCAAUCGUGCUUGGACAGCCACUAGCAACCUUCCCGGAGGAUGGUUCGGAUGGAUCACCGAGUGGAGGAGCGCUAGAAAACAUCGAAACUCCACCCAGUGAUAGUGCGGCUGAACCAGCCGAAGAUCUUCCACUUAUGGACAGGGAGCGACGUGCAGCAAAGUCGAGCGUUAAGCAGGACUGCAGCGACUGUAUCGAUCCGGUGGUUGCACUAUCUCCACCAGCAACACCAGAUGAAGAUACAAAUGAAGCACGUGAAACACCCACAAAGAGCGAUAGAUGCGAUCCAGAUACUAGUGGAUCGACGGAGAAAGAGUUGGUGAUUGACGAAGACAAACUUCCAGACGUGGACGAUGAAAAGGAAGAUCAGUGUCAGGAAGAAAGAAAAGCAACUGACUUUAAGGCGAAUGUUCCAAUUUCCACGGUAACAGAUGUAAUUCCUGUAAAGGAGGAACAAGUAAAACCGUUAUCAGUGGCUAUACCUACUUCAGCACCAGUGAAAAAGCAGGAGGACAAUAUAGACAAACCUGCAACUCGGAAGACUACCAGUUCCUUCCGUCCCCAAGCAUCGAGACAGUUCGGCCAUGGUUCCAUGAGCAAGGGUCCGUCUAACAUCAGCGGUCGAAAGCAACAGCAAUCACAAGUUUCCUCGUCGUUGGUCGCUCUCGGCAAUCGUAAUUCGGCAUUAUCAACUAACGCUGGAUUAACUGGAGCAAUGGGAUCAUUCUCGAACAUUCGCACACUAAACGAUAUCCCAAUGAUUUCGAUAGAUUUUUGGGAAAAUUACGAUCCAGCCGAGGUUAGUCGAACAGGGUUCGGAUUGAUCCUGUCAGAAACGAUGCCGGUUCGGGCGCUUUGCUUCUUGUGCGGCAGUGCAGGCCUCGAAAGUAUGCUAUUCUGUGUGUGUUGCUGUGAACCUUAUCAUCAAUACUGCGUUAAGGACGAGUAUAAUCUACGAACGGGCACAGGCACGGGAUUGGAUGAUACGGGCAACAUGAGUUUGCUGGACGUUACACUCGGCGCAUCACCACAGCAGCAACAGGAGCAGCUACUGAUUGCCAGAUUUAACUGGAUGUGUCCACGGUGUACGGUAUGUUUCAGCUGCAACAUGGCCACAGGCGCCAAGGUGAAGUGUCAAAAGUGUGCCAAGCACUAUCAUACUACCUGUCUCGGUACGAGCAAGCGUUUACACGGUGCCGAUCGGCCACUAAUUUGUGCCGGUUGCUUACGAUGCAAAAGCUGUGGUACAACGAACGUUACGAAGUUCAUCGGCAAUCUACCGAUGUGCACACCGUGCUUUCGGUUACGGCAAAAAGGCAACUACUGUCCACUGUGCCAGAAGUGCUACGAGGAUAACGACUUUGAUUUGAAGAUGAUGGAGUGCGGCGACUGCCGUCGGUGGGUACACGCACGGUGCGAAGGUCUAACGGACGAACAGUACAACAUGCUCAGCGUGUUGCCGGAGAACAUCGAAUUCAUCUGCAAAAAGUGCGCCAAGCAUGGUGACAGCACUGCCCAUCUAUGGCGUGAUGCAGUGGCGGCAGAGUUUAAGGCCGGUCUGCUGAGCGUGGUAAAACUGCUGAGUAAAAGCCGACAGGCCUGUGCUCUUCUCAAGCUGAGUCCAAGGAAAAAAUCACCCAACUGCACUUGUGGUGCUGCUGUCGGUUCGAUCACGAACGGGAAGAACAUUUCUUUCUUUGGAGGAGCAUUUUCGGGCGGAGUGGACACAUCGAGUUUCUCUUCAUCUGCAGUAGGAUCGGCAUCGAAAAAACCGAAACUGGACGAGGACUCGAUCUACGACUUUAGUAGUGAAAAUAGCUGUGGUAGUAGCAGUGGUAAUAGCAACACAGGCGCAGGUUACGCCGUAGUUCCGGUAGCAGGCGGUGGAAAUAGUUUCAACAAAUGCUACUGCGCUGCUCGUAUAACUCCGGGCAAAGGUUCACCAACCGGUGGAGACAUCAGUUUGGUCGACAUUAAGCAGAAAAUCAACGCAAACGAGUACUAUUCACUGCAGGACUUUCACUAUGAUAUGAACACCCUAUUGCACAUGGUUGGGUCUGAGGAGCUAACGGUGGCGUACAAAGAGUUUUUGAGUGAAACAUUCCCAUGGUUCCAGAACGAAACUAAAGCUUGCACAGAUGCGCUCGAGGAGGCGAUGUGCGGUGAGGCCGAUCAAUCGUCUGGACUUGAUCGAUACCACUCAUCGACAGGGUCUGGCGGUAUGAAUGGUCGUGGGGGUUUUCAACAUGGAUCGAACAAUGUUGCUGGAAACUCUUUCGAAGGGCUCGGUGCAACACUGGACCAGAAGGUACCGCAGAUUGACAUUCCUCUCGAAGAGUUAACGGAUUACUUUCACGAGACAGAAGAAGAGCUGUUAGAUACCCGUAUCUGCAUGCUGUGCAAGCAGCAGGGCGAAGGAAUGACCCUGCACGAGUCGCGGUUGCUUUACUGUGGCCAAAACAACUGGGUACACACCAACUGUGCCCUUUGGUCAGCGGAAGUAUUCGAGGAAAUCGAUGGUUCACUGCAGAACGUCCAUUCAGCUGCAUCGCGCGGCCGUCUUAUCAAGUGUUGCCAUUGUGGUGUGAAAGGUGCCACUGUUGGAUGCAAUGUGAAAAACUGCGGUGAGCACUAUCACUUCCCUUGUGCGAGACGUAUCGGAUGUGUGUUUAUGCUGGACAAGACGGUGUACUGUACGGCUCAUGCAGGAGAGGCGAAGAAAAAGCGAUGUCCCGAAGAACGCAACUUUGAGAUUGCCCGUUCCGUGUACGUUGAGCUAGAUCGACGAAAGAAGCGAUACGUGGAACCGAAUCGGGUACAGUUCAUGAUUGGAUCGUUGAAUGUACGCCGUCUAGGACACGUGGUACCGACCUUCAGUGAUCAUGCGGACGUACUCAUUCCGACGGACUUUGAAUGUACGCGACUGUACUGGUCAGCCAAAGAGCCUUGGAAGAUCGUAUCGUAUCGAAUCAAAACAUCGAUCCAGAGCAACAACUACGGCUACGGCACCGAUCUUGGCAAGAAUUUCACCGUUGAUCAUUCGUCGAACAGUAGUAGCGUGCAGUGGGGUCUCACACAGAUUGCCCGCUGGCAUACCAGCCUGCAGUAUACGGACAACCAGGAAGAGGAAGAUGUCGAUCCACUGCAGAAUGACGCUAUGCAGCAGCAUUUGCUAGCUUCAAUGUCUUCGACCGCCACGACGAUGACCACCACGACCACAGCACAGUUGCUAGGUUCCUCAUCACUUAGGGAUCGAGGAGUGUCGAAGCAGCAACAUCAACUGCAGCAGCAACUUCAAUCGCUGUGUGAAUCGAAUUCAGUUUGUAACACUGGAGAAGAUACGAACGACGAGGAGCCACAGAAUACGAACGAUCUCUUGCCGCCGGAAAUAAAGGAUGCAAUUUUUGAAGAUCUUCCACACGACAUUCUCGAUGGUAUUUCGAUGCUGGACAUUCUGCCUAAGCUGAUGACCUACGAAGAUCUGCUCGCAAUGGACUUAAAAACCGACGCCACGUUCAAUGUGGACAUCUUAAAGGAUCCGGGAAUGAUACAGGUACACGGUAAUGGUGCGGGAGCUUCUUGUUCUUCAUCUGGCACAACGACGACCAUUAGCGGCCAUUCGUCCAAACCCGAAGAACAUUCCGGUAUGGAUGUGGACGAUAUGGAUAGUCUGCACGAGGCAAUCGGUGGUGGAGUUGGAUCAGAGUUGAGUAAUGACAGCUGGGCCAAAACGAUUGGUACUCCCGGUGUAGAGGACGCACUACUAUCCGGAAUGGCGAAACCGACCUCCACCAAUGCGACAAACGUUAUGCAUCAUCGGGAACUGAAAAGAAGCAAAUCUGAUAUUCUCGAAGCAAUUGCAGCGGUUGGACAACAGCAACCACGCGGUCAACGAUCGGGAAGCUUUUCCUGGAGCACAAAGCAGCUCGAAUCGACUGCAGCAGUCGUGGCGAAACGUCGCAAAAUUGCUAAAAAUAAUAUAAAACUUUCGGAUGUACUUUCGCUGGGACGAAUCAAGGAAGAUAUUACUUUCGGUGGGCCAAUAACUACGACUACUACCACAACGACAACAACGCUGGCAACAACAACCGCAAGUACAAAUGUUGUUAUGCAGGAACGCCGAAAGUCGGUGCAAGAGGAAUAUUCCUGGUCAUCGGUGAAAAAAUCUUCCACUAUGGUUGAUGGUGCGUCGGAUAAUGGCAAUGUAUUCGAGAAGCUUAAAAUAUCGCAGCUGGAUGGUGUGGAUGAUAUCUGUCUCGAUGGUACAGUAGGAGAGAUGAAGAUCUACUCGUCCCGCUCAAUGAUCGAAGCACCGGUAAAGUGUGAUCGCUGUCAGGCAACGUAUCGGAACCAGGAAUCAUACCAACGACAUCUUAGCUCGUGCGAAGUGCUUUCCACCAGUGAAUCGGAAUCGGAAACUCGAUCGCCUCGUUUGUUGAGCCCCGAACAGCAACAGCAACAACAACAGCAGCAACAGCAAAUCAUCACCGGUCAGAUAGCAGGCACCGCCGGAAAUACCUUCAUCCUUCCCCAAACAACAUCCCAACCCCAAACGAUUACGACCGACAUCUACGGUAACACGACGGGCUAUAUUACGACCUCAUCACAGCCGACUGGUCAUCCCCAAACCAUCUCAGUAUUGCAGACCGGGCAGACGAUCAAUCUGAACGGUAACCAAGCGAUACUGUCCAACCUGCCGACGUCGAUGCCGAUCACGAUCAAUCAACUCUCAUCGAACGGCAUUCCCAUUCAGACUUCAGCCACGGGUGCACAGCAAAUCCCCAUCCAGGGAACACUACAAGCGGGUUCCGUUGGGUUGCAGAAUCUGGGCGGCAACAUGAUCAUCUCUACGCCAAACGGGCAGGGCCAAAUCUUCGCUACAACGAAUCAAUUUUCGAAUGCUACCUACCAGCAGCAAUCCCAACAGCAACAACAGCAAGUGCUGCAGGACAACAGUUCGCAGCAGUUUGUGCAGAACAAGCAACGCUUUAUUCAACCCGCACCUACCGCAUCGUCAAUCACACUUCCGCACAGUCUAGCCUCGGGUACGGGUCCAAUGACAACAACAACACUCAGCACGGCCCAAGCCCUUGGUGGUGUAUUCUCGCAACAACCACAAAUCAUCUCGAUUGGCCCGAACGGUCAACCGCAGCUGAUGACGAUUGCCGCUCCACAGCAGCAACAAACGAUUCUGCAAAGCGCUGGGGGCACUCAAUCGAUGGCAAUGCAACCGACCGCGAAAAAGAUUGUGUAUACCACCGCAUCACCUAAGAAGGUGAUCACAAAGCAUCCACAUCAGCAACAGCACCAGCAGCAAGGUUCACUUAAAACGAAACGCACAAUCACAUCGAACGGUGUGUCGAAGACAUCGGUGCAGAUGAAAACCAAACAGCAGCAGCAUCAUCAUCAGCAGCAAGAGCAAACUAUGACACUUCAUCCAACAACGACAAUGAUCGGUGGUCAGUCCGCUGGUCAACUGCAGACGAUUGGUGCACCUCAGACGCAACAGCAACAGCAGCAACAAAUACAACUGAUCAACGCUUCCUAUCCGUUGAUCCGAUCGGCAGCAACUCCUGCCGCACCACAGCAAACACCUGGUAAUAUCAUCUUCCAGACGCAAUCACCCGCAAAUCAGCCCAUUCUUGUACAGCAAGUCGGAGGCAAUCAAAUUUCGUACCUAUCCGAUCAAGGUACACUGACGGCGACACACAGCCCGGUGCAGUAUCAGCUAGCACCGGCAAACAUGCUCACGCAGAACGGAUUCGCUAUGGCCACCACAGGAGCGGAUGCGGGAACGUUAGCCGCUGCUACGGCUAACAACAUUCUCAUCCCGAACGGUACCGGUGGCUACUCGCUCAUUCCGGCUGGUGCAUUACAGAUUGCUACCCAGCCGCAGGUCAUUGGUACGAUCGUGCAACCGCAAGCGGCCACCAUCCAGUGUGGCAUGAUGGCGACGGAACAGAUGGUACUGGGUGCGACGGCAGCAGCAACCGCCUCCGCUCAACCAACGCUCGAGAUGAUGGUAACGGAUCCGGCUUCGGGCUGCAUGUAUCUAACCAGCCCCUCGAUGUAUUACGGACUGGAGACGAUCGUGCAGAACACCGUGAUGUCCUCGCAGCAGUUCGUAUCCGCCACAGCGAUGCAAGGUGUGUUGAGUCAGAAUUCAAGCUUUUCCGCUACUACAACGCAAGUGUUUGCGGCUAGCAAGAUUGAACCGAUUGUCGAAAUGCCCACAGGGUACGUGGUGUUGAACAACGACGCUACCGGUCAGCCGAUGCAGAUUGGAACGUCUAGCGCGUCCGUCGUGUCGCAGACACCGACACCUGUACAGAUCCAAACGUCCACGAGUGUCGGCGGGAAUGGUGGACAAACCAUCUUCCAGCAGGCACCACUCCAACCGACGGCAGUAGUUUCCUCCACGUCGGGGAAUCUUCCGGCUACUAUUCAACAGACACACCAGCCGAUGGGAUCGAUCCAGCAACAACAGCAUCAGCAUCAGCACCAGCAGCAGCAACAGCAACUUUGGAAAAUAGAAACAUCCUCACCAUCUGGAAUCAGUAUACAGCCGAGUACAAACACCAUCGCCACCAGUUCUUCAAGCUCUACGACCUCGAUCGUCACACCGUUGAAGCCGACGAUGAAAACCAUCAUACCGAAGGCGCAACCGCAACUGGUGAACAAGGUUAUGCCCAACACGGCCAUGAAGAUGUUGAGUAGCGGUACCGAACAGAUAACAACCAGCGCGGGUAUGGUGUCAGCAUCCCAGCAGCAUAAAUCGGCCGCCGGCUUCCAGUCGAUCGUUUCUUCGUCCGUCUACACGACGGCUACAGCCCUAACGACCUCGACCAAGGUUUCGAACGUUAUCAAACCAAUAACAAAAACGACCAACUACACCAAACCGAAGAUUGUCGCAAAGCCAGUGAAACAGAAAACUUCCGCUUCACUUCUUUCGCCAUCACCAUCGACAACACCGCCAACAUCGAUCUACCAGCUGUCACAGCCCCAACCGCAAUCGCUGAUGAUCGCUGCGCAACCAGUGCCACAGCAGCAGUUACUACCGAACAGCAUCACCCUCAUUCCGACCAGCAACAAUAUCGCUUCGGUAAACAACUCAUCGCAGCUGGUACCGAUCAAACCGAACGUUAAUGCGAAUGGAUUGCAAACGAUCGCGACUAACCAGCUAACGGUUAGCGCCAUCAAGCAACCAUCGAUGGUGAUCGAGAAAUUGGCUCCGCAGCUGCAAACCCCAGUAGUAUCGUCCACCAGUGUGACACCUGUACCAAAUGGUAUAAACCUCAACAAUGGCCCAAUGAUGAUAAUCCAGCCAACCGGUGCAACGCUCAAGAAGCCAGGACACGUGAAUGCGCCGGGAACGCAUAUGAAGAAGCAGAAAGCGAUGCUACCAAUGAAUCAUAGUCAAGCCCAGAUGAUUAGUUACGCCACAUCGCAACAACCGGCACAACAACUCCCAGGACAGCAACAACCGUACCAGCAGUUAAUGAGCGUGUCCACAGCACAACAACAGUUGGCUGGCCUUCCACAGCAGCAACAGCAGCAGCUGCAAUCGCAACCAAUCACGAUUACUCAAGGCGGCAAGGUGCCACUUUCCAAAAAGACAUCCAGUGCGGGACAAAUUACGCUAUCGCUUGCUAACCCUGGUGGGCCUAACGCCGGUGGACCAGUUCCGGUAUCGAUGCCGGCAUCCACGAUAACGAUCACACCAUCUCAGCCGGCGAGCAUAACGCUUCCAACAGCUCCAUAUCCGAUGCCACUCUACUCCAACAUACCGACCAACGUGGUCAAUCCGAUACAACAGCAAACUAAUCAAAAUAACAACCAGAACAGUAACUCAUCCACCGUACAGAACCGACCAACCAAUCGAGUUCUGCCAAUGCAGGCUUCGGUGAUGCAGCAGAAGAACUCGGAAGUGUCUCAAACGCCACCACCGCCACCGCUGAAGAUGCUUCAACAGCAGUGUUCCGAAAAGUUGGACGAAUUUUCCAUCAUUUCAAACAACCAUCAGGUGUCAUCGCCAUACGGCGUAUCCACACCCAGCUCAUCGCCAAACGAUGUGGACCGGAUGAAAAUGGCGAGCAAUGAAAAGUUGCUAGCAUCGAACAAGACCAACAAUCGGCUCGAGAUCGAGAUCAAACCAAUUGAAAUAACGCCACUUACUUCGGCUAUGAUGACACCGACAACUACGAACGGAAGCUGUACACCGUCCCCAUUGCCGCCUUCAUCGCACCAACAGGAACCGUCACCUUCCCCAGUAGCUGCGGAACAAUCCACCAUGAUGAUGGAGCUAGAAGAUCAACAGCAGCAACAGCUACAAUCGAACCAAUCGAUAACUCCAAGCUUCCAGUUCAGUCUCAGCUUCGAUGGCAAUGGGACACUGAUUCCGCUCGGCGGUGGUCCACUCGAUCAUCAGCAGAACACCCCACUAACGAUGGCGGCACAGAUCGAAAUUAAACCAAUUCUUACGUCGCCGGUUCGCACAACCGAUCCGAUGCAAUCACCUCAGCCUACGCUGAUGUCGCACGACUCGAUCGAGGACGAUCGGGACACGGAAACGCAACGGAUCGAUGAGCUGAAACAUUCACUCGAAGCGGAAACGCAAGAAAUGCUUGCCGAAGGACAUGACACAUCGAUGUGUGGGGACAGUGGAGCUGGCAGUAGUAGUGGUGCCGCCUCGCCAAGCAUGAACGAUGGAGAAUCGGACUCGCCGGAGAUAAAGGAUAAAAUUUCCGAAAUACUCGAUAAUCUCGAGCAGCAGACGAAUCAGGAGGCGGAAAUGCAUCACCGUGCCGGUGAGAUGCAGAUGGAUGCGUUCGAGAAUCUGAGACAGUCGAAGGAUCUGCAAGCGGAGCAACGACAGCAGCAACACCAUCAGCAGCAUCAUCGCACGCUCGAAACGGUAGCCGAUUGUGCUGCGGAGACGGAACGGUUAGUGGCCGAGUUGAAUGAGGAGUACCAUUCGGCUGCAACAUCUCCGUCACUUACGACCGCCGCUAGUACCAUGCCAAUGAUGACACUUGAAGAAAUGCAAUCUUCGGAAAAUCUAGCCAAUCAGCAAUCGCUGCUAACGAUCGCCAGUUCCAUGUUUGACGAAAAGAAGGAAUCGGAUGCGAGUGUUUGCUUCCGCAACACGGAACGAUCAAACUUUGGUGGAAACGGACACGAUCUGGAUGUGGAUAACUCCCUGCUGCACAAUGGUGAUGCGGAGAGUGUACUUUUCGGCAAGAUUCGUCAACCGGAACCGUCUCCACUGUCGCAACCAUCGCCAACAGAGCACCAUCAACAGCUGCAGCUGGAUGAGGAGUUGCAGCAGUACACCGUACAGCCAUCACCAGCGGCAACCAUACCCAAGACACAGUCCAUUCCACGUUCCACCAGCCCCAAGCUGCUGUACGAAAUACAGUCGCAGGAUGGAUUCACCUACAAGUCGACCUCUAUCUCAGAAAUCUGGGACAAGCUGUUCGAGGCGGUACAGAUCGCACGGCGCGCACACGGUCUAACGGCGUUGCCCGAAGGCCAACUGAAGGAAAUGGCCGGUGUACAGAUGCUCGGUCUGAAGACGAACGCUAUCCGGUAUCUGCUCGAACAGUUGCCGGGUGUUGAGAAGUGUACACAGUACAGUCCACUCUAUCACAAGAAGCAAACUGGCUUGGGUGGUACCGGUAUUGGCGGUGGUGCUGCUGGGAAUUGCAUGAACGGAGGCUUUACGUCACACGCGUCAUCAGAGUAUGCGGAUUAUUUCGAUGAUCUGCAGGAGAACCCACACGGCACGGCACGGUGUGAGCCGUACAGUUCGCGCUCGGAAUAUGACAUGUUCAGCUGGCUGGCGUCUAGACAUCGCAAACAACCGAUGCCGAUCGUUGCACAGAACAUCGACGAUACGAUCAUUCCACGACGUGGCAGUGGCAGUAAUUUGCCGAUGGCAAUGCGCUACAGAACGCUGAAGGAAUCGUCCAAGGAAUCGGUCGGCGUCUAUCGAUCGCACAUACAUGGUCGCGGACUGUUCUGUAACCGUGACAUUGAAGCAGGUGAAAUGGUGAUCGAGUAUGCCGGUGAGCUGAUCCGCUCGACACUAACCGAUAAGCGGGAACGGUACUACGAUAGUCGUGGUAUUGGAUGUUACAUGUUCAAGAUUGAUGAAAACUUUGUCGUCGAUGCAACGAUGCGCGGCAAUGCAGCCCGUUUCAUCAAUCACUCGUGUGAGCCCAACUGUUACUCGAAAGUCGUCGAUAUUCUUGGCCACAAACACAUCAUCAUCUUUGCACUGCGUCGUAUCGUGCAGGGUGAGGAGCUAACGUACGACUACAAAUUUCCGUUCGAGGAUGUAAAAAUUCCCUGCUCGUGUGGUUCGAAAAAGUGCCGCAAGUAUCUCAACUAACGUCCAGUAGCAGCACCGGUGUGAGGCGUUGAAAAGAAGGGACAGCCAUGUAUUAAGCCGUGAACGGAUCGAGCAAGCACAUGUGCAAGUGGUAACGUUUGUGUAAAUUUGUAGAUAAAGCAGAAAGAUCGGAAGUUAAAUGGUAGUUCGAGAUAUGGUAGCUGGUAGCUGAUCUCGUACGCCAGUUCAUACACAGAACCGUGUUAUUUCACAUCUCGUAUCCAGUUAUUAUUAGCCAUAGCAAAACAAAAACGCAUCGAUGUGUAAAUGUAUGUUGCAAAUGUACACGCUUCGUGCCAGAGGAAAUCAUAGUUAAAAGGGUGCAUUCUCAGCAGUAGAUGAUCAAUGAGGAUAUUGCCCCGAGCAAUGAAGAUGCAGUACCGCCCUUGUGUCAUCGCUAGCCAGUGUAUGUAGUAUGUGUUUUUUGUGUAUUUAGUAUAUUAAGAAUAAUUUGUAGAUACGUUUGCUCUACUACUUCAUAAGACUUACAACGGUUACGAGUCAUGCGCCGCGUUGUCGUUUGUUCUCUAACCAUUAUUUGUAACAUACGUGUAAUUGUAUAUGAUAUAGGCUCGUACUGUACGUACGUUUUUUUUCGGUGUUUCGGUGUGUAAAACUAGACGUGUAAGUAUUUAUAUUGAAACCGUAGAGUUAGGAAAAUGUUUUAAACGUUUUAUGGGAAAAGCGGCAUCCAGUUUCCUGGCUCGUACCAGUGUUGCUCCCAACAGUGAUGCAUUCAACUUCCCUCAAUUGCACACAGUGAACAAGUCAUUACGGUAUGCUAGGUCUGUUAGUGUGUGUCGUUUUCGCUUAUUCAAAAUUUGAAACAAAACACAAACGGAAAAAAUGGCCAUAUCAGCGUUUUUACCAUGUUGCUAGUGCGCAACGGUUGUCUAUCGCAAUUUCGCCGCCGAAGCACAUCUUUUAAGCAUCUUGAAACGUUUUAAAAUUGAAAACCAACUCACAUACUAACAAACAAACACACGACAAAAGACGAAACAGUGAGCGGAUGCAUUUUUAACAACCCAACCACUGGGAACCUAAUUGUAUCGAUGUCGUUUAUCUCACGGAUCUUGUGCGCAAAUGCGAUUUGCUCCUUUAGGAAUGGCUCAACAACAACAAUAUUAGCGAAAAUCAAACUAUCACAUAAUAGCAUCGAGUGUAGUAAUUCAUUAGCUUUCAUGCGGUGUAAAAACGCGAUCCAGGCGCGGCAUUUGUGUGUACAAACCAAUAGUAACAAUAACACUGUAAUUGUAAUAACUGCAGGGACAACAUAUUGUCUUUAUAGGCUGAUCAAAGUUAAUCGUCUGUAAUCUCCCCAUUUACACACGUUUGUAUGUGUUUUUUGAGGCAACGAAAGAGCACAUUUUCAGUUAGGGAACAACUACAACACAACACGGAAACAUGCAGCGGUAUGAAGCUUUGCUACCGUACAGCUUCCAUUUUUCAUAACUACAACACCACCACAUACAUACAUCAUCGAUCGCGGAGCAAGAAAUGCAUCACAACUAAUGUUUUAAUUUAUUUAAAUCGAACCGAACAAGAACAACUGUUAAUGAAAAAAAAGAAAAAAAAAAGGAUCUACAGGCAACAGCCAAAGGAAACACCACUAACAUACACUAAUAACGGGGUGAAGCAUCCUUCAAAACUUAUCUUGCCAUUGUGACGUUGUGAAACAAAUCAACCUAGUAUCGUUAAUGUUAAGCAAAAACCCCACAACAAGGAACAGCAGCAAACAAAGGGAAAGCAUUAAAUGUUUCACUCCAGUAAUACAGUGCACGGCGGUACGCCUUGUGAGUGAUGGCAAAAUGCGUAUACAACACGAAAGAAAGAGUGUUGUUUUAAGAAAUGGUUUCUGAUGAUUUCAGUACGACGAUGGCGGGGAUGGGAAAAAGAAAAGAAGAUUCCCAACCAGAAGGAGAAAUUUUAAACACACACACACACACAAUACAACAUUCUGACUUUUCUCCGGGCGCUUUCUUUUAGCUCGUGUGUAAAAAAAGAAGCUUUUCUUAGUGUACGCAAAACAGAAAGAUUAAAGCUGAAUCGUAGAUGAACCGAUACUGAGAAAAAAAUCAAACAUAAUGCAAAUGCAGUCAUUAUAGCACGACAGAGAGUAUAUCGCGCGCGCUCUCUUUCUCUCUCAUACGGAAAAAAGUACUCAAAGCAAGGAAUGGAAAAUGGAUAAAAGUAAUGAACAAGGCAACAAAUGGUGAAAGUGAAAACAAAUGUGAUACUAACGGGAAAAGAAACUAUUGCGACAAGUAAAUUAAUUUAAUCUUAGUGUAGGCUCAGUUAGAAAGCAACCUUUAAAAAAAGUGGAGGAGAAAAAGCUGAAGCGUGUGAAUGCUGAACUGUGUGCGGCAGGCACCGAAAAAAUAAUAGACCAUCUAAUUGUAAUCGUGUAACAAAAUAGCAAAAUCAUCCACUAAACGCGAGAUAUUCGAGAAACGUUCAAGAAGAGCGUAAGAAAAGAAAAACAACGUGUUAAAACAGUGUGAACAUUAUCUGCCCGAUAAGGGGAACAUUUAGAACAAAGUGUCCCUUUGUUAGAGUUUUUUUUCACAGAAAAUGGAAACAAACCCCAUCAGACUUAUUCUAUUUAUUCAGUUCGUUUUUUUCGCCAGUGUUAAAGAGAAACUGUUCUGCAGUGAAUAAUGGUUUUGUUUUAUUCUUUUGCUUGCUAACUACAGUCUCUGUUUGAUGGUAAACGCUCUUGUUUACAUAUAGAUAGACAAAGAAAAGGAACAAAAAAAAACAUUACAACCGCCACAGAAAGCAGGUUUACACGCGCUAGGACAGGCAAAGGUAUCUAAAAUAAAUUGACGAAUAAUAGCAAAUAAUCUGAAGCAAAAGUGUACCAUAAUGCGUAAGUUUAAGUUUGAGUAAUCAUUUCUUUCUGAAGUAUUAUUAUAUGUUGGGAUAAAAUAAAAAUAUAUGAACAUGGAAACAAGUAAAA